CUGGUGUGCUGCUGAGUGGGUCAGACAGGAGGAGUGUUUGCAUUCUGCACCAGUCUGCUGUUUUAAUAUUCAUGGAGCUGUUGUGUUUUUGGCUGAACCUCCUACUUGGACUGUGUGUCAGAUCCUCUUUUGCUCUUCCAUCCACACAUUACGCGCAGCAUGCGUCGUUUCAAAGUCCUCAGAUCACAGAGAGCUCCAGACACCCUGAGCAACAAAAGGUUGUGGCUGAGGAGCGAGAGCAGGUGAAUACGGUCAGGGUGACCUGCCAUCCGGACUCGUUGGAGAUUGUCAUCAAGGCCGACAUGUUUGGAGUUGGAGCGCCUGUUAAUGGUGAUGAGUUACGCCUUGGAGUGGAGUACAAUGAUUAUUGUAGGCCUACAACGUCUUCAGGAGAUGAGUACAGAAUCAUUGUUGGACUUGUGGACUGCGGCACCAAACACUGGAUGACUGAGGACUCUCUGGUUUAUACAAACCUCCUCAUAUACUCUCCUGUGGUCUCUCCAGACGGGGUGGUUCGGAUGGAUGAGGCUGUAAUUCCAAUUGAGUGUCACUAUGAAAGGAAGUACAGCUUGUCCAGUUCUUCACUCAUGCCUACAUGGAUCCCCUUCACAUCCACCCAGUCUGCAGUGGAAGCCUUGGACUUUAAUUUGAGAAUCAUGACAAAUGACUGGCUGUAUGAAAGAAGCUCUAAUGUGUAUCACCUUGGUGAGCCCAUCAGCAUCGAAGCCUCAGUCAGAGUUGGAAACCACAUGGGGCUCCGAGUGUUUCUGAGCAGCUGUGUGGCGACACUUAACCCAGACAUUUACUCUGUUCCCAGAUACGUCUUCAUUGAAAAUGGGUGCUUGGUUGACUCCCAGCUUCCAGGUUCAAGGUCACACUUCCUAACUAGGUCACAGGAUGACAAGCUCCAGGUGGUCAUUGAUGCCUUUAGGUUUCAUAAUGAGGACAGAGGAGAGCUCUACAUCACCUGCCACCUGAAUGCUGUACCAGUAAAUGAUGCAGAGGCACUAAAUAAGGCGUGCACUUUUGUAAAUGGAAGAUGGCGAUCCGCUGAUGGUAACGAAUACUUAUGUGGGUAUUGUCAAAGCCAAAACCAAAAUGAAAUUGGCCAACCCAGCGGUAAACCGAGUAGCCCUGGCAAGUUUGCUCCUCGUGGGUUUGGGAAGCCAGAUGAGCCUGAAGCCCUCUGGAGGAGCGCACUGAAGACCAAUACAGUGUGGGAAAAGGAGGCAAGCGUGGGUCCAAUGAUGGUCUUGCCAGGCAUGCAGAAAAGUGGGCCUAUACCUGUGGAAGACCUCCCUCCUGUUCUCAAGAAAAUCAGCAGACCUGCACUGUAUGGCAGCCAGUGGAGGAGUGGGGUGAACAACAGAAGAGUUGAUGAGAGUAAAGAGCUGCUCCCUGAUUCACCAUCUACACCAGACCAGGUGGAGGUUCAGACAUCUCAACUGGACAAACAUGUUGAAAGCAGAACAGACCUAACAACAACAACAACAACAACAACAACAACAGAUGGCGAUGCUGAGAGAGUUGCUCCACAUCUAGAAAAAGUAUCUCCUGAGCUCAGCUUGAAAACAAAGGCAGCAGUGUUGGACAAUAAUGGCACAGUGGCCAUCAGUGACGUCAGCCCCACUGAUCCGUCUCCUUUGGAUGUGACUACACCGUCAAAUGCAACAGAUUCUGACUUUUCAGAAGAUGACCCAAAGAGAUAA